CAGUUGUUGAGCGACGGGCACGUUGAGCGGACGUGACUUGUGCAUUAAAUAGUAAUCGAGUAAAUUGGUAAACUGCGUUAAUCAUGAAGGUUUUUUUCGUCUUUAUGGUGGGUGUUAUUGCCGUUAGCCAAGCAAUUUCCUUCUUUGACCUUGUUCUCGAGGAGUGGGGCACUUUCAAGCUAACCCAUAGGAAAAGGUAUGAAAACAAUGUAGAGGAAAAAUUCAGAAUGAAAAUCUUCAUGGACAAUAAGCACAAAGUUGCCAAACAUAAUGCCAAGUAUGAAAUGGGCCUUGUUUCGUACAAAUUGGAACUUAACAAGUUUGGAGACCUGCUUCAUCACGAAUUCGUUGAUAUGAUGAAUGGCUUUAACAAGUCUAUCAAAUCACUAAAGCAAUCCAACAUUCAGCGGCCAAUUGGUGCCACUUUUAUCCCACCUGCAAAUGUUAAAAUCCCGGAAUCUUUUGACUGGAGGGAGGAGGGAGCUGUAACUGCUGUGAAGAAUCAAAAACAGUGUGGUUCAUGCUGGGCGUUCUCUACAACUGGUGCCUUGGAAGGUCAACACUUCAGAAAAACAGGAGUGCUAGUGUCUUUGAGUGAGCAGAAUUUGGUCGAUUGUUCUGGCAAAUAUGGUAACAAUGGAUGCAAUGGUGGCCUGAUGGACCAAGCCUUCCAGUACAUCAAAGACAACAAGGGGAUUGACACUGAGAAGAGUUACCCAUAUGAGGCACAAGAUGAUUCGUGCCGUUAUAACCCUCGCAACAAUGGAGCUACCGAUGUUGGCUUUGUAGAUGUUCCUCAGAGAGAUGAAGAAAAGUUGAAGGUUGCUAUUGCUACCAUUGGGCCAGUUUCUGUUGCCAUUGAUGCUUCCCAUGAAAGCUUCCAGUUAUACUCUGAAGGUGUUUAUUACGAAGCUGAUUGCUCCGAGAAUAACCUGGACCAUGGAGUUUUGGCUGUCGGUUAUGGAACUGAUGAAAAUGGCAUGGAUUAUUGGCUCGUCAAGAACAGUUGGGGUGGUGAUUGGGGCGAUCAAGGGUAUAUCAAGAUGGCCCGAAAUAAGAAUAACCAUUGUGGAAUUGCUUCUACGGCAAGCUACCCUCUUGUUUAAUUAUGGCAGGCUAGAGUAAUGAGAUGAUGUUAUUGAUGAAUUACUUUCUGGAAUUAUUAUUCAACAGAUAACAUCCAUUUCAUAUGUGAUUCUAACUGAUAAAGUUUAGGUACCUAUUUUUGUUUUAUUAUUAUUAAGCGAUACAUUUCAUAUUUUAUAUACUCGUAAUUUUUAAAUAAUUUCAAUAUAUAAGUAUUAAAUUACAACCGUGAAAAAUCAAAUGCGAAUAGUAAUAAAUAUUUCAAUCCACGGACAGAUCUUGCCAAUCCGACGUUAAAAACUGAUGACAUGAAUGUAAUAUUUUAUAUUUUAAAUGUUAAUGAAUAUGGAGUACUUGAAUACAAUUUGGUAGAUUUGAUUUUUGUUACUUAUUCCUUAUACAUAGAUCACACUAAUAACGUGAAAUAUUUAUAAGUAAAAUUUUUAUUUAUCAUUUACCACAUUAUCUAAUUUUACGUUGUAGAAGAACAAACAAAUUCAGUAGAAUAUUAUACGAAUAUAAAUCAGACAUCAAUAAUAAGUCGAAACUUAGAUUUACUAUAUCUCUAAUAAAAAUCCAUUGCUCAGUCUAUGGGGUUCCCAAAUUCGGGUCAAUAUUCGGAGAAUCCGUAAUUAGGAAAAUAUUUUUAAUUGCACAAAUUUAAAUUAAUAUUCGACAGUGUUGUUACUUCUAUGCCCAAUGAAUCUACCAAUUCUGUCGACAACAUGUGUUCCAUUUGUUACAAUUUAGAAGAGAGGUACAAAUUUAGUUGCAUUUAAAAUCCAGUGUACGAUGUGUUGAAUUUUUAUUCCUAUUGAUACAGCAACGUUAAUUUCUUGUUUUUUUUUUGUAAGCAGUAGGCAAAAAUGGCGACAGAAUAAAAUGUGACACCUAUACAUAUAACAACGAGUUAACGCCGUAUGAUUUGGUCUUACAAUUUCAAACUAUAAUUAUGUAUCAUGAUUAAUAGAUUAGCCUGAUUUUCCGUCUUUUCUCUAUAUCUUAACGUAAUGGCACACGUUAUUCCAUAAUUUCAUGACUCAUAGAAUGGACUAAAAAAUUUUCUGGCUGUUGUACAAGUCAUAGAACUAAGUAACUUCAUUGAAGUCGUCAGUGAAUACAUCGUGGCAGAGAAGGGAUAUAACAUACUCAAAAGUAAAUAGUUUCCAGUACAUUAUUUGUGCGAUUCAUUACUUUUCAAUUAUCACUGAAUUGAUUCAAAUUAUGUAGUGAAGUAAUUCGGACUUUCUUCAACUAACAAACUCCGAAACUACCUAUUCAAUUUCAACAGGGGUUGAAUAAAUUUCAUGAUACAAAGAUGUUCCUUAAAUAAGAUAUCUAAUAGUAAAGGGUUAUUCACACUAGUCUCAAGAUUGUAAUUGCAAUAUUACACAUAAUAUUGCAUAAAGUACAUAUAAAAUUGCAAUAAUGUACAUGGUAAUUCAUAAAUUCAACAGUGUAA